AUGCAGUAUUUGGACGAUAUCAUUGAGUUAAUUGAAGAUCUACCAUGUGAAGUUGAACGGAGGUUCGAGCAAAUUCGACGCUGGGAUACUGAAGUUGAAAAGCUCAGAGUAGCAGCAAGCGAUUUACAAAACAGGGUUUUCGAAGAUCACAAGAAUGUGGACAAUGAAGAAAAGCCGAGCUUAUGCUAUGAGUUGGCGGAGAUCCAUCGCUUAGUUCGAGAUAUCACAGAGAGAAAGCUAGAUUUAGCCGCUCGCACCGAGCGACUGAUGGCUGCUAUUGCUGAUAAGGUACAAGAAAGUGCUUAUCACUGUAAAAUCGAACUGGAAGUUGACAAUCCUGGUUGUACUGAACUCAUCGAGCAGAACUUCUGUCAGUCCUUAGGCUUGAGACCCAGUUCCACGCAUAUCACCGAUUGUUCAAUGGAAUUCGAACCAUUGGAUAGAAUGGGUGGAUUAUCAGGAGAUUUGCAUGUUCAGAACCGUGAUGUGCUGAAAGAGCGGACUAACAAAGGGAAGGGUGAUCAAAAUGUCGUCCCAACUUCUACUUCUGGCUCUAACUUUGGCAAAAAAUACAAGAAAAGGAAAGAUCCUCACAACCCUGCUCCUAUGACUGCCUACAUGCGAAAAAAAAUUGAGAAGAAUCGUGAAAAACAGAAAGUUCAAGAAACGCAUGUUCGGAGAGAACAGGAGAGGAAAAGGGACAAUUCCGUUUCGGUUCCCCAACUUCCUCAACCACCCUCACGAGCUGAGUCCACUAUGGACUGUGCCACGGCACCCAGUUGCGACAUGGACGAUGACCUCGCCUGGUCCGGAGGGCUGCCAGAUAUUCUAGGUUCAGAUGACGAUUUUGAUCCAAAUGAAGUUUUGGAUUUAUUCCCUAUCGUGCUACCAUCACCUCCUCGCGAGCUCAUGGAGUCAUUGAAAGAGGAUUUUGUUUUUGACGAAGAGAUGAACUUGAGCUCUCCUAGCUCUCCCUCUUCGUCCAGACCAUCAAGCUCAUUAGUCCCAUCUUCCGUAAAAUACAAAGGAGAGCGAAUGCGACAUGACUCUGGAUCUCAGCUAGGAGAUUAUGGUUCAGAAAAAAAAAGAAAAAACAUAAUGUUCAGUAGUGUUAGUGAUACCAGUAUGCAUGGCAGACCUAGAAAGCUGACUGAUCGAGCCGUAGAGCUACUUCAGUUAGAGAGAGAAAAACUCAGAAAAAAGGAAGAUGAUGAGGAUAAGUGGUGCAUAUGUGGUGAUAUAUCGAGUGGCGAAAUGAUCCAAUGCGAUGGAUCUGAGUGUGCAAUCAGUUGGUUUCAUUUUGAUUGCAUGGGCUUAACCUGUGCACCUGCAGGAGCCUGGUUUUGCCCGACAUGUGCCAAAGGAAUGAGCAGACCGAAACCUUUCUCGAACUAA